AUGGAACUAGGAGUCGACCGACCCGUCGUACUGGUAAAAGUGGAGGAAGAAGAAGAAGGAGAAGGAGAAUCACCAACACUCCCGAUUGCGCCGCUUAUGGGUGAUGUCGGGCGAACGAUGGUUGGCACAGCCCCAGUUGUUGUGGGACCAGUGGGAGUCGAUGGAGAUGAUGUUCCGCCACCUUCAGAUCCAGGAAUUGAUAACGUUCCUGGUUUAGCACUCACUGCCGUGAUGGCGGUACUUGUCGUAUUAUGUGAGAAUCCGGAUGAACAAGAGGAUGAGCCGGAUGAGGGUGAUGAUCCGGAGGAUGUAACACUGAAAUCUGUUAACGUGGGGGAAGAAGGCAAAGCGUUACUGCUGCUAGUGGUGGUGGUGGUGGUGGUGGUGGUGAGAGUAGAAGGAGCGGUAUUAUUGAUGGAGGCAGAGUCAGCAGUAGGAGCACGAGGGGUGGAAUACGUAAUAUUAACGGAUCGGAACGAUGCAUCGAAAGGGCUCACUUCGUGUUGCAACCUUCCCGAUUGGUUAUUAGCCUUUGGCGCGUGGAAGGCCAAAGGCGCAGCAUGGCUUUUGAUUUGA